CCAAUGGGCAGCAGGUGGACUUGAGUCUCCUUUUUGUCCAUGGGCUCGGGCUGCUGCUUCAGGCCCACCUGCAGCUCCAAGAUGGUCUCCUGGUCUGUGAUAACGAGAACACAAGCAAUACUGCAGAGGAAGAUGGUGCGAGAAUUUGUGGCUGAGUUCAUGAGCACAUAUGUCAUGAUGGUGUUUGGCCUUGGUUCUGUGGCCCACAUGGUUCUAGGAGAUAAAAAAUAUGGGAGCUUCCUCGGUGUCAACUUGGGUUUUGGCUUCGGAGUCACCAUGGGCGUGCACGUGGCAGGCAACAUCUCUGGGGCCCACAUGAACGCGGCUGUGACCUUCACCAACUGUGCACUAGGCCGCAUGUCCUGGAAGAAGUUUCCAGUAUAUGUGCUGGGUCAGUUCCUGGGCUCCUUCACAGCUGCUGCCACCAUCUAUGGCCUCUUCUACCCGGCCAUUCUCCACUUCUCGGGUGGACAGUUGAUGGUGACCGGUCCCACAGCCACCGCUGGCAUUUUUGCCACCUACCUUCCUGAUCACAUGACACUGUGGUGGGGCUUCCUGAAUGAGGUGUUACUGACAGGGAUGCUGCAGCUAUGUCUCUUCGCCAUCACGGACAAGGAGAACAACCCAGCGCUGCAAGGGACACAGGCGCUGGUGAUCGGCAUCCUCGUUGUCAGCAUGGGGGCGUCCCUAGGCAUGAACACAGGCUAUGCCAUCAACCCAUCCCGGGACCUGCCCCCUCGCUUCUUCACCUUCAUUGCUGGCUGGGGCAAACCGGUCUUCAGGGCUGGGGAGAACUGGUGGUGGGUGCCAGUGGUGGCACCAAUUCUGGGUGCCUACAUAGGUGGCAUCAUCUACCUGGUCUUCAUCGGCUCCAGCACCCCACAGGAGCCCCAGAGACUGGAGGACCCGGAGGCAUAUGAAGACCCCAAGACGACUGUGUCACCCAAGCCCGAAUCUCACCUGUCCAUGACCUCUCCUCUCCCCCUUGUCUCUGUGACCCCUACUAACAGAUCUUCCACCCAGCCGGUCCCACUCUUACAUGACCCCAUGCCCCUAGAGCACUUCUAAGUAGAGGUUAUUUGGGACCCCGUCCCUGCCCCAAUAAAG